AUGUCUCUCUAUAAUGAAGCCGGUCGAAUUUUGAAUAUGAUUGAAAAUAAGAAAGGUGGUCUGAAGAAUAUGGUCUACAACUGCAAAUACAAAAACAAAAAGAAAUUGAAUGCAUUGCUAUCGGAGACCAUAAAGUACUCAACUAUCCUCAAAGAAAUCAUCAAAAAAUGUCCGACUCUGAAAAAAGAAAAGUCACUAAAAGAUGGAAGCCUGUUGACAGUCGUACUCUACGAGUUCCUCUUUGGCAGCUCGGAUCAGUUGCCACAAAAUUUACUGGCUAUGCUUAACAAAAGUUCAUCGGCGUUGAAUGUUCAGUUGAAUUUUUUGAAAUCCAGCAAAAAGUUAAAUGAGAAUAAUGAGCUGGUCGUGCAAGGAGAUGAAGAAACCAAAAUUAAGUUGCCGAGGUACGUGCGAGUGAACACACUUCAGGCGACCACCGCUGAUGUCGUUGAACAUUUCCAGAAGGAUGGCUUCAUACACGUCAGACACAUUUGCCGUGAUUACAACGAAUUUCUGACUGAGGUGGGCAAAUUGAAGGCCAAAGAGUUCAUGACAGACUACACGUUGAAGGACCUCCUGGUUUUCCAUCCUGGUACCUCAUUCUUUGGUCACAUGCUCUAUGAUAGGGGAGACAUCAUUUUGCAAGAUAAGGCCAGCUGCUUAGCUGCCUCAGCACUGGCUCCUCCCCCAGGCAGCAAAGUGAUUGACAGCUGUGCAGCUCCCGGAAACAAAACUUCAUACCUGGCUGCUAUCAUGGAGAACAAAGGGAAGAUCCAUGCAUUUGAUCGUGAUGCGCACAGAUUCUCAACCAUGCAGACGAUGCUGCUGAAGGCGGGAGUGCUUUGUGCAGUGUGCAAAAAUUUGGAUUUCCUGACCGUGAACUGGAAGGGCAGAAAUGCUAAUGAUGCUGGCUGUGGCAGCUCUUACGACGACGUUGAGUUCAUGCUGGUCGAUCCAUCUUGCAGUGGGUCAGGUCGCAAUGACGUCACAACGUCGUCGUCAAAAAGUAAGCUAUUGAUUGGUCGGUUGAAAUCGCUGUCGAAUUUCCAAUCGAUGCUACUGAACCACGCCAUGAGGAACUUUCCAUCCGUUCAGCGGCUGGUCUACUCGACAUGCUCCAUCCACAAAGAGGAAAAUGAAGACGUCGUACUGGACGCUCUCCAGAGAAACAAACACUUCCGGUUGGUCAGGAUUUUUCCGGAAAUAAUCUCGAGGGGA